AUGCAGUUACGCUUUGGAACCUUCAAUGACAGCUUCGAAGAGAUUGCGGACGUUGGACGCCUAGCAAUCUGCAUGGGUGCAAUGGUCUACAUUCAGGAGAACCAAAAGUGUCUUCCAUCCUCUAUGUCCGAAGAAGACGAACUGGAACGGCCGGAUAGGGAUCUCAUCGCAGAAAAUAUGAAACUAGACCCAAGGGACAGACCAAUGGCAAGGAAGCAUUUACAAGAUGUGUGGUUCCGGUCAUGA